ACGUGUGAUUACAAUUUAUAAACAAUUUUAGAAUUUAAAGUAUUUAUUAUAACUAAUAAAGAGCUGGAAAUAUAUUCAAAAUUUUAAUAAUAUAUUAAUUCUAAAAAUGGCUAUAUCCCAAAACACUAGCAAAGUAUCUGUUAAAGUGUCAGUGUCAGAUACAGAGUCUUCUGAGGAUGCUGGUGAUUCAGAAUACGAAUCAGAAAAUUCGGGUGAAGAUGAAAACUCUGACGUAGAGGGUACAGCAGGGUCAUCUUCUGAUGGAGAUGAAGAUGUUCUUAUGAAGAAUGAAGGUUGGGCGGACUCUAUUACUAAGAUUUUAGGUUCCUCAAAGCCCAAAAAUAAGAAAACUCUAGUAUUAUCCCGAGCAAAGAAGUAUGCUGAUACUAUAAAGAAGGAAAAAGUUGAAACACCCACAUUUGAAGUUAUCGGAGAGGAUGCUGUUAAAGAGGAAGUAAAAGAAACGAAAACAGAAGCUACAAAAGAAGAACCACCAGCUAAGAAAAAGAAAAAGGAGAGAUCUGCAAUUAGAAUAAAACCAAACAUACUCGAAAAGGACAGAGAAAGGUUGUUAUCUAAAAUAGCAACAAAAGGUGUUGUACAACUAUUUAACGCAGUAAGGAAUCAACAAAAAACAUUUGAAAAAGAAUUAAGUAAAGAUAUACCUGAAGCCAAGAAAGAAAAGGUAUUGAAAACAUUUGACAAAAGAGCUUUCUUAGACACACUCAUGGGACAAACUAAAUCUGUUCUUGUUGAUGAAGCAACAAAAUCACUAAAAGAUGAAGUCAAGGCAGAGGACAAACCUAGAUGGAGUGCAUUAAGGGAUGACUUCAUGAUGGGUGCCAAAAUGAAGGAUUGGGACAAAGAAUCGGUAGAUGAAUAAAACAGAUUUAGUAUGUAAAAUUUUAUAGUUAAAAUUAAAUAACAAUAAAUAUACAUAUAUAAAUUUUA